AUGCGUCUCACGACAGCCAUUUCCACCGGGGUUCUGGUCACGCUCGCCGCCGCAAGCCCCGCCAAGCUCCGCCUGCGAGACGCUGAGGUGUGCUCUAAGGAUGCGCUGUGUGCCUGCUUCGCCAGCUUGCUCAGCCAGGCGAGCGCGUACUGCACCAACUCCAUCACCAUGGUUGCCCAGACGACAAACACUGUUACCAUCACACCAACCGUGACCGUCAUUGAUGCCGUGACCGAAACCGCAACGGAAGUGGAGGGGGUGGUUAACAAGACGGCGGCCCGCCGCAAGGAAGGCUCGUGCCACGCCAACAAGCCGCCGCUCGCCUGCGUGGCAAGCUUACCGACCGCCGCUAUCCAGCCGGCCCAGUUCACGUCGGCUUGCUCCUGCAUCGGCGUCACGACCGCCACCGUCACGGCCGACACCCUUUACUUCGUUGUCGAGACCCGAACCGCCAUGGUCACCGUCACCGACUCGGCCACUCAAACCGACGUUGUCACUGUGACCGAGAUUUCGACGUCGACGGAGCCUGUCCCAACUCCAGCCGUCACGCCCGUUAUUAUCAACGGCGACUUUGAGACCGGCACUCUGGACGGCUGGGGCGUGAUAUCGGCAACUGGUGAUGUCGCGGGCACUCGGUACAGGCUCACCUUCCAGAUCAUCAUCGUCUCCAGCUAUACCAAUGGGAACCCCUGGUCAGUUACUCUAGGAGGCGUCACCCUAGUAUCUGGGGCUGGCUCGUAUAUCGCGCCGGUACAGUACUGGUUCCCCGUCACGUGCGGGGCAACGGCCGCCAGCAACACCCUGGCGUUCAGACUGCAAUCCAACACGAACCGGGCAGCGCGUCUCCUGGUUGACAAUGGUGUUGAAUUCGAGGGGCUGGAAGAGGUUUCUCAGUUGUACAAUGAAGUCAGGCGUCUACCCCGGAUGUUCACGCGGAAGAGGCAGUGA